AGCAUACCCUGACUGUGCUGUACUGCUUCUGUACAGUAUCAUCCAUCAGAAGUAGAAUGUAUUUAUAACAUAAUGUGUUACGGGAGCUGACAGUACCGACAUUACUCAACUAUUUCUAAUUCGCACUUCCACCACAUCUGUCCGGUGUUUGAUUUCACCUCGUGCGUGGAUCGUGUUGCUGGCCGGGAGCUGCAGAAUCAUGACUGGAAGGUGCCUUCCCCCCUGUCCGCACUUGCCAAAUAUAUACCCUCCUAAAGUAAAUAUAAUCCUGUCUGCGUCCACGUGGAGAAGGCCACUACCUGCUCAGCAGCAGAGCCCCCCCGGUUGUACACUCAGUUAGCAGCUUGGCUCCCUAGGGACUCAUUUGGUCUGCUGAAACUGGUCCCAGAUCUGAGCUCACGCAGCCAUGGGGGACUGGAACCUGCUGGGAAAGCUCCUAGAAAAAGCCCAGGAGCACUCCACUGUAGUGGGGAAGGUGUGGCUCACCGUCCUGUUCAUUUUCCGCAUCCUGAUCCUGAGCGCCGCGACAGAGAAGGUAUGGAGCGACGAGCUGUCGGGCUUCACCUGCGACACCAAGCAGCCCGGUUGUGAGAACGUGUGCUACGACAUCACUUUCCCCAUCUCCCACGUCCGCUUUUGGGUGCUUCAGAUCAUCUUUGUGUCCACGCCUACGUUGAUCUACCUGGGACACAUCCUCCACCUGGUGCGGAUGGAGGACAAGCAUAAAGAGAAGGCGAAGCAGAGGGAACUUGCAAACCAUCCGGAAAAGGAGGUCUUUAUUGUGAAUAGUAAAAGGAAGGCUCUGGAGAGGGACGAAAGGGGACGAGUGCACCUACACGGGGAGCUCUUGCGAACAUACGUCUUUAAUGUUGUCUUUAAAACCCUGUUCGAGGUGGGCUUCAUCGUGGCUCAAUACCUCUUGUACGGCUUUGAGCUGAAGCCCAUGUACAAAUGUGACAGACCGCCAUGUCCCAAUGUGGUAAACUGCUACAUAUCCCGUCCCACAGAGAAAACUAUCUUCAUCAUCUUCAUGCUGGGAGUUGCCAGCGUGUCUCUGCUCCUCAACCUCAUAGAGAUCUACCACUUGGGCUUCACCAAGUGUCGCCAGGGCAUCACCUUCAGGAGAGGUGUUCAGACCCCUGUGAAUCUCCCCGAGGAGCCCAACGAGGCCACGGUGCCGUACGCGCCGAGUUAUGGCGACUAUUUCCACCAAGUCCAGCCAGCCUACCCGCCCGUGCCCAGCUACGACCUCUCCCCUCUGUCGGAGGGCACGGACUCGUCCUUUCACCCCUACCACAGCAAGGCGGCUUACAAACAGAAUAAGGACAACUUAGAAGUGGAAAGGAGCAGCAGCAAUCCAGAGGAAUGUGACCUGAAAGGAAAGAAGGGAGCAGGAUCAGCCCCUGGGUCACCUACGCAGUCCAGGCCCGGUCGCAGCGCCAAACACAGCAACAACAAGACUAGAAUAGACGAUCUGCAGAUAUGAGGAGGUUUAUGUUUCUCUGAGGGCGUCUUAAAUUGCUGCGAGGGGAUCGUAUGUUGUUUGGAAGCAUUCAUACACACUGAACUGACUCCCCUCUUUAAGAUGGCGCAGGUUUGACUCAUUCCAACUCGGAAGGGAGUGGCAUUCAUACUGUACGGCACACGGAGAAGCUGCAGCUGCACAGUAAUGUGUACAGACGGAUGUGGGUCAAUUAUUACAUUUCUAAUGAAUUUAGACUUCUACAAGGAAGCUCUGCUCCACUGAGAAAUGUCCCAUAGCUGGCUUUUCUUUUGAAAAACUUAAUUGGAUUUCACAUUAGACUGUAGCAUUAAUGGUAUACAAUACACCAUUUGUGACAACGCCAUAUUUUUCGUAUCCACUAUUCACUAUUGUCACUGAGAAUCAAACUAAAAGCAACAUCUGCUCAGGUUUUACAUGAAUGUGAAUGAACCUGCACCUCUGUAUAUAAAGUUGCUCAAUCUUUGGGAACAGAAUCCAGGGCAGAAACUUGUUCAGCGCUGGCCUGACCUCAUUUGAGGAAAUCAGAUAGGGCGAAUAGUUAAAUUUAACUUCCUUUAACUGUUUUGAGGUCACCAUUUAGCAUAGUUCACUUGCUUAGACUUGAAGUGAAGAGUUGUGCAAUACAUGACAACACAUUGGACCCUGGAAACGCUGUACCUAAUUCCAGGACGCGCCUCAAAAGAAAUUGCACUGGUCUCAGGAGUUCCCUAAUUUGUACUGCCUCUUUUUAUUAUGACAGCCAGCAAGUACAUAAUUAUAAGCACAUUGUUUUGUUUAUCUGUGUUUGUGCCGUUUGUGUUCUGUAAAGCACUUGGUGACAACCAUAUUUGUAAAACUGCUUGUAAUAAAUCUGUCUUAAAUUUGCAAAGUUAGCAGUUUGUUUAUAAUUUGUAUGUCUUUAUCAGGAAAAAUGGGAUCAUUUCCCUGGAACACAUGUUGCAACUGUUACUUUGUAUUUCUGAAACAACUAAAUCAAGAUCAGCUCAGGAGUAGAAACGAUAAUAUUAGUGAUAUUCUAUACACAGUAGCUCUGCAGCUGAAUCUUUUUGAAAUCUCUGAAAUUAGAAACUAUGCCAGGUGUACUUUGAGUCAUCAAUAUCCACCCACAAACAUUUCAACCUGUUCAAAACUGACGUGCUUGAGCGGGAAUAAACAUGUCCAGUCUGUGCUGUCUGCAUAUCCCACAUAUGCACAUCUUGCUCAUCUUACGGGAAAGCACGGCAUGCAGGCACCCCUGGUAUGGAAACCUUGAAAUUAAUGACAUAGCAUUUUCAUGACGAGGAAGCUGUCUCACGCCUUCUGACUUGUACAUUCAUCAUUUUCUACCAAUGCUUAAUGUGUCAAGGGAAGAACAAAUAGAAUUUUUUUUUUUACUAAACUUGUA